AGGGAAGGGCAUUUGCAGAAAGGACGCGGCUGCCGAUCGGUAGCUGGAGGCCGCCUCGGUAAAAUAGGCGCCUCGCCGACGUCCGCGCCCGAGUUGUGUUAUCCGGGCGUCAGAGUCCACGCCCGGCGCGGGUGGGCCGAGGCACGCCCGACUACGAGCUUUGCCGUCAGUUAGCCUAGUUUUUCCGGAUGAUUCAGUGUUCAGGGAAUGAGUCUCAGAUGCCCGCUUUUGCGCGUUCUGGUGCCUGAACGCGGUGACACCCAGGAGCCCAGUCUUCCCAGCCCGGGAACCCCCUUUCUCCUCUAACCACGCUCUGUGGACCUGUGAGGCGUGCGGGAGGGAGUAUGGCUUCGGUCUGGUUCAGAGCUCUCUCCCGUUUAGGGCCAAAGGAAUAACGGGGAAGGUGGACAAAAGGCCAGAGAAUCCCACCAGGAAACUUGGUCGCAUGAUGUCUGUCACUCCAGUAUCUGAAAGGAGUAAAUAACGGUUUCCUUUGAAAUGGCAGGCAAUUAGGACUGGGAGGCUCUGACCAGAAUUACAUAGCCACAACUGCCUGUCAUUUGGACAUCCUCUGUAAUUUGGGCCAACACACUGCAGCUGCCUCUCUUCCCUCUUACCAGCAUGAGUGGCUCCAGUGACAGCAUAUUCGCGUUCACAGGAAGAGAAGGCUGUGUUCUGACCGCUCCCGAAUUGGCCCUGGUUCUCCCGCAGGCCCCAGCUGUAUCAGGAGCCACAGCCUCUUCCAUGAGGAUACCGCUCACGGAUGGCUCCGCUGGGAGCAGUUGUGGCUGUAACUGCCAGUUUCUUUUGUGCAUCUCUCUUCUCGGCUGUGCACAAGAUAGAAGAGGGCCAUAUUGGGGUAUAUUACAGAGGCGGUGCACUGCUGACCUCCACCAGCGGCCCUGGUUUCCACCUCAUGCUCCCUUUCAUCACAUCAUAUAAAUCUGUACAGACCACGCUGCAGACUGACGAGGUGAAGAAUGUACCUUGUGGGACUAGUGGUGGUGUGAUGAUCUACUUUGACAGAAUUGAAGUGGUGAACUUCCUGGUCCCAAACGCAGUGUACGAUAUAGUGAAGAACUAUACUGCUGACUACGACAAGGCUCUCAUCUUCAACAAGAUCCACCAUGAGCUGAACCAGUUCUGCAGCGUGCACACACUUCAGGAGGUCUACAUUGAGCUCUUUGAUCAGAUUGAUGAAAAUCUCAAACUGGCUUUGCAACAGGAUCUGACCUCCAUGGCUCCCGGGCUUGUCAUCCAAGCUGUGCGAGUGACAAAGCCCAAUAUACCUGAGGCGAUCCGCAGAAACUACGAGUUGAUGGAAAGCGAGAAGACAAAGCUGCUCAUUGCAGCGCAGAAGCAGAAGGUGGUGGAGAAGGAGGCCGAGACAGAGCGAAAGAAGGCCCUCAUCGAGGCGGAAAAAGUGGCUCAGGUUGCAGAAAUCACCUAUGGACAGAAGGUGAUGGAGAAGGAGACUGAGAAGAAGAUUUCAGAAAUUGAAGCACAGGAGGGAGGAGGUGACUGAGCUCUGAAACUGGAAACUGAAGCAGGGUCUCACCCCUUCUCCCAGACGUGAGUGACCAGAGGGGUAGCCUGGGGACCUGGGAGGCAUCUCUGGACAGCAGUGCUUUGUUAGACGAUAGUGUCAAAGAAGGUGCUGCACAGGCCUGGCAGCAGAAUGGCCUCACUGGUGCCCACAGGGGUGCCAACGCAGUGCUUUGUCACCUCGGGUCAUUUUCACAACUUGGGAAAUAGGAAAAAGUGCCUUUCCCCAUUUCAUGGAUGAGAAAACCAAAGCACAAAGGGAAAAGAGUCUCCCCGGGUCACAGAGGCCACCG